AUGAAUGCAAUUCCAUUCUCAGUCUUUAGCAGCAGGACCAACUCGCAGAUUCCGGCGGUAGUCCUUGCUUCAGCUUCUCACCCAUGUUUGCCUCCGACCAAAACCAAAAAUUCGAGUGUCUUCUGGAUCCCUAAAACCCUAGUCUCUUCUCCCGAGUUCCUCUGCACAUUGAAAAUGAAAUCAGCCCCAGAUUCUUCUGCUAAUAGCAAUACAGGUCCUUCUUUCCUCGACGAGCCUGGGAUUUCGGGUUCAUCGCUGUCUACCGUGCCUCCUUCCAUAUUCUCAGGAGACGGUGUCGACAUCGAGAUCGAGAUCCAGAAGCUUGGCAACAACUCCCGGAGAAUUCGAUCCCGAAUCGCCAUCGAUGCCAGCCUUGAAACUAUCUGGAACUUAUUGACGGAUUACGAGAGAUUGGCUGAUUUUAUUCCUGGCCUUGCCGUGAGCCAGUUACUCGAAAAGAGGGAGAACUUCGCCAGGAUUUUCCAGUGGCAGGUUCAGGCCAAAUGA